CCUCAUGGCAACUCAUCCCUAGAAAUACUGUCGCUGGAGGCAAGUCAACUUGGACAUUGAUCAUGCGGCAUCAUGCCAGUAUCACUACGCCAGCGCCUAGACUGCCACUACUGCGGCAAGAGAUCGAAACAUAGCAAGAAGGAUGGUCGCAAGUUCCAGUGCGAACACUGUCUUGCCGUGAAUUUCUUUGACGAGAAUGGCGAGAUUGCAGACGUCCCCGUCGAAGAGUCAGCGCCCGCGCAGCGAUUCGCUCAGCCUGUCAUUGUCGAUCCGCUCAACAACGGCUCCUCGCCGGCCGACUCAAUAUUCUGCUCGACGUGUGUGAAGAAUCAGCAGCUAUACACCUACAACCUCUCUCAAUUCCUCCCCGAACCCGACCACCCCGAUUACGAGAAAUUGGAGGCCGAGUUUCCUGCGUACAAAAAUGGACUUGAAAAACGCUAUCCCCAGUGUUGUGCGCGCUGCGAGCCGAAAGUUAGGGCCAAGCUGCAUCAAGCGACUUAUCAUGCGAGAAGUGAUCAUCUCCGGCGUGUUUUGGAAAAGUCAAGACAGAGACGGAUUGGGAGCCGGCUUGGAUGGAGAAGUCUUUUGGUUAGUGCCGCAGGCAUUGGAUACUUUCUCAGCCUCGUUGUGCAAUUGGGCUGGCAUCUCUAUGGGUCGCAGGUCAUCGAAAAGUCCUCUGGGCAGAUACUUAGCCCGCGGGAAUGUUACGAACGUCGCGUCUAUUCCUCGCAGUGCCUCGAUGGGCUGGAGCCAUUUGUUGGAUUGUCGCUAGCGGUCAGCUUGCUCUGCAUCUGGUGGAAUCCAAAAUGGCAACACAAGCUGUCCAACAACGAAGGAAGCCUGUCUGGACUAUAUGAGUUCUAUCUGGUCCAGAUGGCUCUUCUAGGCCUACGCUUCAGUGCGUGGAUCUUCAUGUUCCAUGUGCAUUUAGACGUGAGACUUUCAGCUAUGCUACAUGCUUGCUUUGCCGUCGCGAUUGCAAUCAUCGCCGGAUGGUCUGUCUUUGGCAUAGUGAAGAUUAAGAGUCUUCCGCCGGUCAAUUGGCAAGAUGAUCCCGCUCCUCUCCUUUCUCAAGACCAAUUUGUUCCUCCAGAACAUCCCGACGAGAAUACACAGACUGGUCAAAGCCAAGCUUUCAACUUUGGAAACCUUGCCACUGCACAGCAAUCGACAUAUCACGCAUGGAGGCCACCCACUCCUCCGGAAGAUGGUGGGGAUUCGAUGGACUGGACUCCGACCCAACAGACGUUCCGACCCGAGUUGAAGAGUAUUCGAUACCAGUCUACCAACCCGAGUCCUUUUUACGGCAAGUUGCCAGCUCUCAACGCACGGGGUUUGCGCUCAGAUAUGGGUGGAAAGGAACCAGAGACUAAAGAGGCCAUUGGAAUACCACCGGGCUUCUUCGAUCGGCCUGCAAAGUCAGCCGUACCGAGCCGUCACCAAGACUCACCUGGUGAGACCAUGGCUCCGCCAAAGUUCUUUCCAAAGGAAGCAGAUACUGGAUUGGAAAACAUAUUCGGAUCGGUAUUUUCCCUCAAGGACCAGUCAAUAGAUUCGCCGAGUGCAACAACGAGAUCAAGAAACGAACCUUCAAGAGACGUCACUCAUACAGCCUCUACGCCUGAGGCCUUAGCUCCGUCUCAGCGAGCCUCCUUCUGUGCGAUCUUCAGUGGUCUCUCGUUCUUCGCGAUCCUGAUGUCGGUAGCGGUGUGGAUGUUCGAGGCAGUCAUUGUCGUCGAAUCCUCGAGGUUCGGUUAUUUAGUCGUGCUCUCCAGUACCUUUGUACCGAUCGGUCACCUAGUACUCCACAUAGCCGAGCGCGGAGUUCAGGGUCAAUUCUUGAGGCUACUCGCAUAUGCACUCGAAGCAAGUUUCUUGAUCGGAGUGUCUAUGCUUCGUGAACCCUUUGGCGAGCUUCUUCGGGACCUUUGGACGAAGUUGGCGAUCGCUGCGGUAGCUUUGCUGUUGCCUCAGGAGUUCUUGCAAAUGAACAAUUCAAAGAACGACAAUCCACCCAGGGUAUCAAAUCGAGGGCCGUUGCACCUCACAUCCGGUGCUCCAUGCUCCACCAUCCAGCAGGAUGCCUCCCUGCAGAGGCCUGUGCUGAACCGGAAAGAUUCAAGCGACUCAACUGAAAGCAAAGCGUCCAUUGCAACAACAUCUACAGUGCCAGAAUGGACCACACCGAGGACCAGCAGGCAGCGAUUUGAUGCUCCGGGGUUGGGGAAGAGCACACCACGAUCUACUAGAGGUCAAUCCAAGCGUUCAGGGACUGCACAGUCCGAUAGGAGUAACCUCGGUAUGGACGGGUUAACACUGAGCGAUCGUCCUGGGACCGGGAGAGGGGGCUUUUCGAACGACUGGGCUUUCGGAUCUUCUGGAUCACAUAUUGCAGGUCCGAGAACGAGAAGAGGUUAUUGACGAGUGUGGCUGACGCAUCUCAUUUCCGUGAUUCCAUCUGAUACACCUGCAUUUCUGCAUUUUGCAGAGCAUUGGCCGGUCCUGUAUAGAUUAUGGCAUAGCGAGGCGUGACGAGUUUAGAGGGCAUGCAUAUGUUGGCAUGGGCUGAAUCCAUGGAGUCUAG